AUGCCGCAUACAGGUCAAGCGGGAGUUAAUCAAUUGGGUGGUGUGUUUGUUAACGGGAGGCCAUUGCCCGAUUGCGUUCGACAAAGAAUCGUGCAGCUCGCUUUGGUUGGUGUUAGACCUUGCGAUAUUUCUCGACAACUCCUAGUGUCUCAUGGAUGUGUCUCGAAGAUUCUUACAAGAUUUUACGAAACGGGAAGUAUUCGACCAGGAAGCAUCGGAGGAAGCAAAACGAAACAAGUAGCUACACCUACAGUUGUAAAGAAAAUUUUACGAAUGAAACAAGAACAACCGACAAUGUUCGCUUGGGAGAUCCGAGAACAACUUGCGCGACAAGGAGCUUGUGAUCCUCAAAGUUUACCUUCUGUUUCUUCAGUAAAUCGAAUUCUUCGAGGCGGUGGACUUCAUACCGAUCAUACAGGAAUCGAGGGUGGUUCUCAGAGCAGCUAUACCUCGCAAAUUUCUUCAAAUGUCCCUAAUAGAGAUGCACUUAUGAGGACGGAUUACCAAUUAUUUUAUCCAGGAACAUUGGGACCAUUGCAUAUUUCCACGACUUCUGGUAAUACCAGCGCGCCAUCUUGGAACCCGAGUUUUUAUUCAUCUCUUUAUCAAGCAACAACAUUGCAUUUGCAUCAUGGAAUGCAAUCAUUUACAUCGUUAGAUGUAGAACGUCUCUCAGAGCAGAAUGGACCAACGAAUCAAGUCGAUUUGAAAUCCAGCUCGAGUUCAAUGGCAGGCAGUGAUGAUUCCUUGGACAAAAGCGAUCUAGAUGAAAACACGGAAUCCCAGGAUCACUACAAACCAUUUCAAAAUUCACCUAUUAUUCUAGAACUUGGCCAAAAAAUCGGUAGCGAUCGUAGUGCAUUCGUAAGACAUAGUACAUCCGGUUCGUCUAUAAAUCUCGAAAAUCGACAGAGCCCACCUCCAGCGACCAGUGACAAGCAGAAGAUAAUGUCACCGCGAAUUUUGAAAAUCGGAAAUGAGCAGAAUACUAUGGCCAAAGAAAUAGCGGUCGAGGAAAGACCGACGCAACCCCAGAAAAAGAAAAAUCCUUAUUCAAUAGAGGAACUUCUGAAAAAAGAUGAGGGCAAAAGCACCUCGAAGAGGCCGAAACUAACGAAUCUCGGCAUAGUUCAACCCUGUGGAGUUAUCUUGAAUAAAGAAAUCUGA